AUGGCAGAUCACCAUCCGGUUAGCAAGCCUUUGCUUAAGCUAAAGCUAUUGGAAGCCUUGCGCGAGGGUGACUUCUCAGCUCUUGACAAGCUCUUGAAAACUUACUUCCAUCCUAUUGAAGAUGCGAGUGUGAGGGAGGUAGCCCAGUUGAUUCUUCAUUAUGCUGUGCAGGUGGCCCCUUUGCAACUGAUCAAGGACAUUCUAGCUAAUUGGCUGACCGACGAGAAAAUAAAGUUGAAUGUGAACCACCAAGAUCCCGAUGGAAACACUGCGCUACACUUGGGUGCAUACCAAUCUCGCGGAGAUGUGGUGAACUUGCUCAUGGACCUCCCACAAAUCGAUGACUGCAUCUUCAACAAUUCUGGGCUUCAACCAAUUGAGAUGUGCAAGAACCUCAACAUUGCCCAGAUGAUGCAAAUGAAGCGCUCUGAAUAUCUGGGCGAGGUUGCUCAGGAGUUUAGACGUGCAUUUGUCAAUCGUGACUGUGAACAUUUGGAAGCGAUUUUAGCAAAACCAAGAAACUCGGAGCUCUUGGACAUCAAUGGCACUGACCCGCAAACCGGUGAUACUGUUUUGCAUGAGUUUGUGAAGAAGAAAGAUUUGGUGAUGUGUAAAUGGAUUCUCAACCAUGGUGGUGAUCCCUUCAAAAGGGACCGCAGAGGCAAGUUACCCGUGGACCUACUGGGUAAGGUCCCCCCGGUGAACGAAGCUUCAAAUGCAAACUUAACGGCUGAACAGCAAUUGAAAAGCAUGCUAGAAAAAGCCGCUCGAGAACAGAGCGUGAUCGAGGUAGCAAACAACUUAAAUGAACCCCCAACUUAUAAGGGGUAUUUGCGCAAAUGGACAAACUUCGCUCAAGGCUACCGCUUACGUUGGUUCAUUUUGAGUCCUGAUGGCACGCUUUCUUAUUAUAAAGAUCAAGACGAUACAAAGAAUGCUUGUCGUGGCUCUCUUAACAUGUCAACAUGCUAUUUACAUCUAGAUUCUUCUGAAAAGCUCAAAUUUGAGAUCAUAGGUGGAUUUAAUGGUACAGUAAGGUGGCACCUGAAGGGAAAUCAUCCGGUUGAAACAAACAGAUGGGUAUGGGCUGUGCAAGGUGCGAUCAGGUUUGCUAAAGAUCGCGAAAGGCUGAUGAAGUCGGGAGGUGGUAACAAGAACGCCAGCGAAACCACUGGUGCCAGUGCGGAGUCCAAAGUUAAAGAGUCGGCUAAUCACUUGAACGCCCCCAGCGUACAAAGUCUUCACUCGAAUGCUGCUCGCAAGCCUCGGACCCAUCAUCCUCAGCCCUCUGUCAGCUCCAUUUCAUCUAUGUCAUCAGGAGAUAUGGAUAUCAACGAAAAUCUCACCGCUAGAGGAAAAGAAUAUGUUUCCAAGGUCAAAUCCAACCGAACUUCGUUAGACAUCUCACUCAACAACUACAAUGAUUCUAGAGCGGAGAGUUUGGCUUCGGGAAAUAACUUUGACGAUAUGGCUGAGGUAGAAAGCGGGCAGGAUUACCUAAAGGACGAAACCACUGAGGACCUCGAGAAUGAGGAAUUGAAAUUAGACACUGGAUUACAUCAUCAGGAACUCUCUAUGAUCCAGAGGUCAAUCACGAUGGAAGUUGCCUUUUUAGCGGAGUUAUUCAAUGGCAGAGUACCAGAUGUUAGUGAAAUGGAUAUCAUUAAAAAGUCGUUGAACUCCCUAUCCAAAAAUUUCACUUCUUACAGCUCGAUGACUUCCAUGAGAGAUAGAAAGUUGAUCAAGCUUGUUCAGAAACAACAGGAUGUGAAUCAAUUAUGGAUACGUUCGGUAAAAGAGCUGGAGCUGGAGCUGUACGAAAAGUCGGAACGCUUGGCUUCGCUUGAUGUAGAAAGAAAAAAUCUCAAAAAACUGCUGCAAAAAAAGUUGUUAGAGAUAACUGAAGCGGGUCAAGAAGCAACAGAUACCAGUGGUAGGCAAGAUGAUGACUCGAAUGUCCCAGCUUCGGAAAAUACCAAGCCGUUAGAAGAAAUUGCCGACUUCAUUAACUCAAAUAAAGAAGAUGGAGAAGAGUCAGAGACCGAUGAAUUCUUUGACGCUGAAGAAAGUGAAUCGCUUCGGGACUCAGGUGCCAGAAAGGGGGAUGAGACAGUAGAAAAAAAUUCUAGUGUCAAGAAAGAGCGUUCGAAGAAGAUGAGUAAUCACGAACAAUCAUCUGAUGUUCUGUCUGGCGCCCCCUCUGAUGUUCCCUCUGAGCAAAAGACCGACGUUCCCAGUAACUUUGAGCAAGGUGUCACCCAUUCUGGCCUCACUGAACACUCAGCAAGUGACACUGUAAAAGCCAGUGAACCUUACGGCGAUACGAGUAACGAAAAAUCUACAUCGAAGUCGAGUAAGGAUGGAAGCAAGAAGCUCAUGCACAAAGCUUACUCCAAACCUCAGGAAGAGAAGCAAGAAAAUAUCAACCAAGAAGGUUCCUUUUUAGGCUACGAGGAUGGGCUAAGAAAAAAGCUGGCCCUGAGCCAAGAUGAUCGCCCUAAGUUAAGUCUGUGGUCUGUGUUGAAGUCAAUGAUUGGUAAGGAUAUGACUAGAAUGACUUUACCUGUCACUUUCAAUGAGCCCACAUCUCUUCUUCAAAGAGUUGCAGAAGAUCUGGAAUACUCGACACUCUUGACGAAAGCUGCAGGGUUUGAAGAUUCUACGUUGAGGAUGCUCUACGUUGCGGUAUUCUCUGUAUCUUCAUACUCUUCAACCACAAAGCGUGUGGCCAAACCCUUCAAUCCGAUCUUAGGUGAGACUUUCGAAUAUUCGAGACCUGACGAAAACUUCAGAUUUUUUACUGAACAAGUAUCGCAUCAUCCACCUAUUUCAGCAACUUGGUCGGAAUCUGCCAAGUGGGAUUUCUGGGGUGAAUCUCGCGUGGACUCCAACUUUAACGGUAGGUCUUUUGAGGUUGAGCACUUAGGCCUCUGGUACUUAAACAUGAGACCGGAUUCGGAGGGUGAAGAAGAGCUGUACACUUGGAAGAAGCCUAACAAUACGGUUGUUGGGAUUCUCGUUGGGAACCCACAAGUUGACAACCACGGCGAUGUUGAAAUAACGAACCAUAAGACGGGGGACCGUUGUAUGAUCCACUUCAAGGCACGUGGCUGGAGGUCGUCUAACGCGUAUGAGGUUAAAGGGGAGGUGUACAAUAAGGAUGGAGGUAAAGAAUGGGUCUUUGGUGGCCACUGGAACGAGUAUCUAUAUGCCAAAAAGGUGCUAAAGCCCAAUUCAUCUGAAGAAAUGUCAGUGGAAAAGUCGAAAAGCUCUUUCUCACACUCAAAUGACGGACCUAAUACUAAUGGAUCCAAAUUCUUAGUAUGGCAUGUGCACGAUAGACCCGAUAUGCCUUUCAAUCUCACCCAAUAUGCAGUGUCUUUAAAUGCUCCUCAGCCAAAACUAUUGGAAUGGAUUCCGACUACCGAUACUCGGUUGCGCCCUGACCAACGAGCGAUGGAGGAAGGAAGGUAUGAUGAUGCCGCCAAAGAAAAAGAUCGUGUUGAGCAGAAGCAGAGAGCAGCCAGAAAGAGAAGAGACAAAGAGCAUGUUGAAUACAAGCCUAAGUGGUUCGUCAACACUGAGCACCCCGUGACCAAAAAGAAGUAUUGGAAAUUCAACGAGGAAUACUGGAAGGUGAGGAAAGGAAGAAACUUCGAAGGUCUUCCUGACAUUUUUUAA